UCAUACUUCAUCUUUAAAUUUUUUAGUCAGUUGCUUUUGGCCUUGCCAGUUUCUUUUAAUUCUUUUGUUGAUUUCGCCAUUAAAUAAUAGAAAUAAAUUGUUCGUGGGGUUGCAGCGGUUGCAGUUUUGAUCAGCAUAAAUAUUUACAUGUGCUCACAAAAAUCAGGUUACUGAGGAAAAUAGAGCCACUGCUUAUCAAGAACACCAGGUAUGGCGAGCACCUGUGAGCUGCCUCGCAGUGAAAAUAUCCCCGUGGAUUCAGAUGUGCCCACAAAUGCAGGAGACACCUCAAACACUAGCGACACCAGCACCAGUGAUACAAGUUCGAGUACCACACUGACUGCAGCUCAGCGGGCUCGUAUUGAGCGCCAGCGGCAGAAGGCACGCGCUCUGCACGACGCGCGACUUAUUAAACUUCAUCCUGCUGUAAAAGAAGCGGUAUCCUCUUCAGUAGCUGGCACCCGCGCGCGCGACACAGGCGGAGGCUUCCUUCUAGAAGAAGACGAGCCGGAGACCAAGAUCAAGAAGGUACAAGCGCCAGCCCCAGUGGUCCAUGAGAGUGAGCAGCCACACUGCUUGGAGUGUGACAAACCAUUCCCCAUGUCAUACCUGUUUGACACGUUCGACUACAGUGUGUGUGAUGAGUGCAAGAAUGAUGAAACCCACUCGCUGAUAACCCGAACGGAGGCCAAGACGGAGUUCCUGCUGAAAGACUGCGACCUCGACAAGCGACCGCCACCGCUGCGCUGUAUAAGACGUCGCAAUCCACACAAGGCUCACUACAGCGACAUGCGGCUCUAUCUGCGGGCUCAGGUUGAGGCACGCGCGCUAGAAGUCUGGGGCAGCGAGGAAGCCCUAGAGGCCGAACACGAGGCGCGCGAAAAACGCCGCGAAAAAGCUCAAGAGACCAGCACGAAGCGGAAACUGCGCGAACUUCGCAUGGCGGCCCGUUCGUCGCUCUUCGACGGGAGGAAGGCCACACACGGACAUACGCAUGAGUGGGGGGAGGAGACAUAUGAUGAAGACAGUGAUAGUUAUAGUAGAGUGUGUAAGACGUGCGGACAUACUGAGAAUUAUGAGAAAAUGUAGGUUUUAAUAGUUGCAGUGUUAUAAUCUCUUGCCCAGAACACAAAACUUAACAAUACAAAUGCAAUUAUGGAAGGGCGGCUAGAGGUAGUUAAAGUAGUCACAGUUUUCUUACGACAAAACUAUGAAAUCGGAUAUUAGAAUAUUGUGUAUUAACUAGCGUCUAUCGGAUUCAAAGGCUUGGUGGAACAGCGCUAAAUAUCUAAACAGGUAGGCAAAACAUUUGUUUUAUAUUUGUUUGUUUAAAAUUUAAUCUAUCAAACUUCGGUGCUUAAGUUUGGUUUUCCACUGAGGCGGAUUUGAGUAAAGAUGAAACUCUUCUCAACUCGCCCUCAGUGGAAAAGCAGCCUUAGUAAAUAAAUAUUUCUAAUUUAAAGAUCUAGACAAGAUUACAAAUCAGUGUUGUUCUUUUUUAAAUUUUGAAGAAUAAUGUGUACAAAAACUGCCAUUGUUAUAAAUUAUAAUCAUAAUAAUUAGUAAAUUAACUGAAUGAUAUGUCUCAUUUUACCUAUGUAACAUAAUCAUGGAUCUGUCUACUUCUUUUUUUUUCUACCUCGUAGUUAUAAGUAUUAAGUAUAGUUAGUUUUAUUCUUGUAGUUUUGAAUUUUACAUCAAUAUGAAAAUUGCCCAAGUGAAAUGCAACCUUAUGCGGAAUUAUGAAAGUUGCUAUUAGAUUUUCUCGCCGGCGAGUUAUGUAAUAAGCUAAAAUAUUAAGUGCAACUAAGUUAUCUUUAGCAGUGUUUAUAAAUUAGUUUGGAGUAUUUUUAUCAGCAAUAAUGUGUUAUUAUGUUGGCCAGUGAAUAACAGUAAAUAAAUAUG